CCGCCAUCACCAUGGUCUCCGCCGACAACCUCAACUUCGACGUCCUCGAGCUCAUUUUUGCCUUCCUCGCGAGCAAGGACUUGCCCAAUGUGGCGCUGGUCAGCCGAUCCUUCAACGCUGCAGUCCUUCCGCAACUGUACCGCGUCCUGCCCUUCAGGCAGUUUCAUGCGAAACGACAUGACGUCGUGAUGUCCCCAUUCGCUGCCGUUUUGGCGCAUCCCGAUCUUGCGAUACAUGUCCGACAAGUUGACAUCCAAUGCAUCCCCCUUUACAAAACAGGGUACCCACACCCGGUUUUCCUGCGCCAAUGCACGCAAGCGCUGGCCCUUUGCACCAACCUGCAGACGUUCAGAUGCUCCAUCCCUUCAUUCCCAAGCUUCAUACUAUCCCUUGAGGAUAAACCACGGCUUACGACUUUGCGGAUGCAUGGAUCCCUUACAACAUGUCAAGUCGAGCGGCUACUGCGAAUCAAUACACUGGUGUCUCUCGUUGUGGAUACGGCGACGUGGACGAUACUUGAUGCGCUGCCUCGAUGGGCAGAGAGCAUGGAGGAUAGCCUAGAGAAUUUGACGAUUUUCAUGGCACCCGACUUGAACGAGGGCGUUCUCCGGUCGACUGUACUGUCGUUGACGCGAUUACGAUCGCUUCAUGUCGUCGGCUGCCAGAAGAUCGACCACAAUGCCCUUCUCAAUCUCACCGAGCAUACCCCAUUGCUCGAGAGCCUGGCCUUGACAGCCACUGACAGCACCUGCCCCCUCUCCACCGCCGACCACACCCUCGCCAACCUCCGGCACCUCGCCAUCGACGGCCGCUGGCAUCAGUCCUCCUCAAACAUGCUCACUGUGCUCAACACCAUCAUGGACCACAUUAACGCCGCCGCGCCGACGCUUACUUCCUUCGUCCUCCGCUUCCAUGAGCGCUCGAAGACGCAGCUCACGUUGCCCCUCCUGAAGCCCAUCCUUGACGCGCACAAGAACACGCUGCGCACGCUGAGCUUCAUUGAAUGCACCGUCGGGCUAGACCUCGUCGCGCACAUCUGCAAUGUCUGCCCGAUCAUCCAGAGGUUAGAGAUCGGGUUUCCGGCGAUGGAUCCGCUCGGUCAAGUCGCCUUCACCUCCAUGAUCGCCCGCUCCUUCUCGAUCCGCGUCCUCGUCGACCUCAACAGCCACAAUCACGGACCACAGUCGCACAAGCUCACCCUCUCCCCCGAAGGCGUCAAGAACUUCAUGAGCAACGUGCGCAACUUACGGACCAUCAUCACCGAUGGAAGGGUGUGGACGGGCCAGCGCAUCGGAGGCGAAAUGAAGGUCUCGUUUGAGCGGCAGGCGGUCAGGCAAAAGACGAGCUCUUUUUGGUUCAUGCCGAGGGCUUGAACCUACAUACUCUACUACACCAUUUCGUCGCUUUGAGCACAAACCAAUAGAAUAAAUUCUGGGAUUCGCAUGGUCCA